GCGGGGAAUCCCCGUUUACCUCCCAACUCAUAAUGCCACAAUGGUGGUCUCGAUUUCUAACCCGGGCCUACCUUGAAAACUCUUUGUAUUGUUUUGAUGAGGAUCGGCUAACAAUUGAGGAUAGCAUUCCUGAUCAUGUGGUGGGUUUUGUGGCACAUCCUUUUAGCCUUAGCUGUCCAAGUGGCAUCCACUUCCAAUGAAGAUUCGGACAUCUUGUUUGAUGAGUCAUCAUCACCUGAAUCCAAAGAAAGACUUACUCUCUUCCAACUUGACCCUGUGGAGAGAAACCACAUACAAGAUGUUCAACUCCAGUCAGGUCAGGUUCUACAGAUGAGGACUCUGGCGAAAGAGCCACCAGUAUUUGAGAUCCCUGGAUUUCUCUCUGCCGAGGAGUGUGAGCACAUCAAGAAACUAGCCCUGGAGGUGGGCUUGUUUAGAAGUCCCUUGAAGCAAGACGGAGCCAAUGACGAAACAGAGGAGGAAGGCUCCGCUCAGGAACUCUUCCAUGACUUUGACACUAACCAAGAUGGGGUGUUGGACGUACAUGAAGUUCUUGAAAUUCUUGACUUGGAAAGUAAUGUAUUUCUUCGACCAGAGGACGCCUCACAGAUGUUCCAAGAAGUUCACCUGGACGUAGAUGGAGAUGGAGCUUUAAGUCUGGAUGAGUUUUCCAGUGUAGACAGUGAAAAAAUAAUACAGAUUAAGGAAUGGGCUGGGCGGCUUAGUAACGAUGACAAGAAGUUGAGUCGUGUCAGUCAGCAGGCAUGGCUAUCACAGGAUGACGGCACAGACAAGAUUCUAACAGAUCUAAGGCAGAGAACCACUGAGCUGACAGGAUUGCCAGCGGGCAUCGUGGAACACAGUGAAAAACUUCAGGUUGUGUACUACACUCCAGGAGGCCACUUCCAUGCUCACUAUGAUUCGGAGGAAAUUGACCCAAAUCAGCGAUGCUCUCACACUGCAGAACUGGUACCUGACAAAGGUGGUGGCCAUGAUACAAGAUCCACACGCCUGUGCAGGUUCUUGACAAUUUUGUACUACCUUGAUGACACUAUGGAAGGUGGAGAGACUGCAUUCCCAAUCGCUGACAAUGCUACUUUCUCUGAAGAGAAUGUGAGUGUGGAGACAUGCGAUUUAAGCCGUCACUGCCACGAGGCGAACUUGUAUGUCACGCCAGAAAAAGGCAAAGCUGUCAUGUGGUACAACCACUACAUCAAUGAAACAACAGGUUGGUUGGGGUCAAUGAACCCCUACUCUCUUCAUGGUGGGUGUGAUGUCAUCCAAGGAACCAAGUGGAUUGCAAACAACUGGAUCACUGUGGACAAUUCUUACCAGAGACAGAUGCUGUACAUGAAAGAAAUGGGUCUUCUUAAACUGUCUCAUAGAAGCCAUCCGUUGUUGGACGUUGAUGAUGAUCUGCCUCUUGAUCCCGAGGAAGCAGACUUUACUGACACCGUUUACAAGCUGAAGGAAAUUUGGAUGGAGUAUUUACAGAACUCUGCUGGAAAGGAUGCACUGGGGAAGUAUUUUGGGAGCAAACCGUCGCUGGAGGAUGCAGUCGACCAGAUGAUGGGUUACACAUUUGAUCAUGUUGCCGAGAUCCACUUGGCACACAAUGGCAACGAGGUUGAGUACAAUAUUGUUUGGCGCACUGAAAUGGAUCAGACAGCUACGGAUGAGUUGGAUGACACAGAUCUGUCAAGCCUCAUACAGACUGCAAGUGCCUAUGGCAGAGGCUCAGGAAGUGGCGUCAACAAAAUGAAGCCGUCAAUGCUGCGGAUAUAUAAAAAUCCACGUUAUAACGCCGAUGGCAGCAAAAUUACCAAACAGGACAAGGUUGAAACAAAUUUGUUUGAAAAAAGGAUGUCGGAUGAGCUGUGAAUUUACGACGAUGCAAAAGAACUUUUUGUCAGAUUUUAAAACAGAACCUUCAGAGGAAAAGAUUUUUGUCAGAUGUUAUCACUCUUGAAUAAUGCACCCUUUCAUAUACUAGUAUUCUAGUGAGUACCGAGUACAUUUUCAUGCAUUCCAAGAGAAUUAUUGUCAAUAAAUAUAAUGUGAAAUAUAUUUUGUAUGUACAUUUAUGUGAUGAGGAUCUUUUUUCAUAUACACACUUUUGUAAUGAGAUAUUAACUUAUUUAUUGGUUAAUUUUGAUAUUGAAAUGUGAGAAAUCAGAUGCAAAAUCUUUUCCACUUUAUCCACGAAUUGGGCCUUUUGUAACAGAAAUGGUUGUAAGUUUUGUGUCCAAAUCAGAUACGCAUUAGGCCCUGUAUUGACUGUCGGAUGCUUUUGCUGUUAUGUAAAAAAAAUUGUAUAAAAAAGAAUCCCUCGAUAUUUGGUUAUUCUUCAUUUCAAAGAAAUAGGAGUAUACUGGCAGUAACUGAGCUAUCUGUCUAAAUAUCGCAACAGCCGGCAGGGUGGACUUUGAUUGAUCCCUGGGUCACCUAGGAGUAUACGAUUGUAGGCUGUUGAUUCAGGGAAGGAUAUGAACAGAUCAUUGCAGAUCAAGAUGCACCCCAAGGGAAUAUAAAUAUUGUACUGAUAACAAUUCAGGAAUUGGGCCAACUGAAUCUUUAUCGAAAAUUGCACGAAAGAAGUACCAUUUCGAAAGCAUGCCUUGAAGUUCAAAAGUUAACUGCUCGUUGGAUGUGAUUUUUCUUUAAAAUAAGCAUUCCGUCUACUCUGUCUCUUUGGGAUAAAUUGACAACACUUUGCAGGAGAAAUAUAAACAGUGCCUUUCGGGGCUGUUGAUCACGCGGCACACUGUUUUCUCUGAAAGCAAAUGCUGAGCGUGUUAUUUCCAAUUACGCUGUGCAAGCAACCGCCACUGCCAUUGGCAAUUCCGUGCGUACGUGUAUGUGUAACUGUGGGUGGACUUUUGCUUUGUGACAGCUUAAAAGAAAACUACAUUGUACUUACCUACCUAUGGAUUUAGUUGUUUACAUCUGGCGCGACUCAGGAAGCAGUGGCACUGUAGUUACCAAGAGUAAACAUGCAGUCAUGUUGCGUCCAGGGAAAUCAUCUUUUGAAACGAUUUCGCUAACAUUUGGGACUUAUGCUGACAACAAUUGAUUGAAAGUCUCGCCUAUUGUCCCCUGAGCGCAACACGGGCUUUUGAUCAUUUUAAUCGAUCAGUGCAGAAUUUUAAUUAACGAAUACGGCACUAACCGUGGCUUUUUGUUAAACCGAAGUAUUUUUUAUUUUUAAAGAGAUUUUUAAUCAUAAACGAAACAGCAAAAUCGUUGCCCGUAGUCUCUUGUUUAAACAUUUUUAGUUCAGUCUUGUAGGCCCGACACGUAAAUACUCCGAUUUACAAAAACUUAGUACCGUUGUUAUCUAGGCUCCGCUAGAACGAACUUUUCUUAUAUUUUCUUUUUUUUUUUCAGAAGAAAGCACUAGAAAACAA